AUGGAACGAAACCGAAUAACAACAAAUUGCUUCAACAUCAAACCAGCUUUCAGCAUGCUCAAUCUGUUGCAGCUCACGCUCACUACCUGGAUAUCAAAUCUGGUAAAUUCCAAUCUGUUGCUGAACUUCGCAAAGCAGAUAAAGGAUAAUAGACACUAUUUGCGCACUAUAGCUGAAAUUCUUCUUGUUACUGCCCAACAGAAAAUUGCCCAGCGGGAGACUGGCAGAUCAUUUCGCGUUAAAGACAUCAUAAGAAAAUCUCUUACGUUUGGACAAUCGUGUGGCAAUUUUCUGGCUAUUCUUUCCGUUGUUGCCAGACAUGACUCAGUUAUUGCUGAAAGAAUUCGAUACGGCCCUGCAAAUGCAAAAUACAUCCAUCACACCAUCCAGAAUGCUUUGUUAGAUAUUAUGAAGGACAUGACUUUAGAACAGAUUCAAGAAGAAGUUCGCAAAGCUGUAUAUUUUACAGUUCUUGCUGAUGAAUCUAAAGAUACUAGCAAAAAGGAACAGGUUGUCGUUGCAGUGCGGUACUGUCUUAAUAACGGUAUCCAUGAAGAAUUUGUUGGAAUUGCCGAAGCACAAAGUUUGGAUGCCGACGGUCUUACCGAUACCAUUAUCAGCCAGUUAAGGAGGAUUGAUGCCAAUAUGAAGAACUGUGUUGGGCAGGGCUAUGAUGGAGCAUCUGUGGUUGCUGGUCGGUUGAAUGGAGUGCAAAAGAAACUUCGAGAAAAAACUGGUUCUGAAAUGGCCUACUACGUGCAUUGCUACUGUCACAGAUUAAAUCUUGUAAUUGUUGAUGUGGUGAAUUCGAUCACGUGUGUGGCAAAUAUGAUCGCUCUUAUUAAAAAGAUACAUUCAUUUCUUGGCACCAGCACUGUACAUGUACGAUGGGAGAAAGCGCAAGAAAUCCGUGGCCUAAAAAGAAUGGAAAUUGGAAAUAUUUCCGAUACGCGGUGGGCAUGCCAGGCUAAACAGUUGAGUGCAAUGGCAAAAAGGAUGGAAGUUGUCCACGAAGUGCUGGAAGAAAUCAUUGACAAUGACACUGAUGCCGAUCGUGUUGUUGAUGCGAAUGGAUUUAAGCUACAGAUGGAUCGCCGUUUUGUGCGAUAUCUUUUAGUUACCAAGCAUAUUUUGAAGAAAGCGAAGUUUGCCUCAGAUAUGUUGCAGAAGCCAACCAACGAUCUAUCUAAUGCAAUUGACCUUAUUACAACUCUUAAAGAGGAAGUAGACGCCUGCCGCUCGCGAGAGAAAUGCCAGCAGUUUUGGGAUGAAGCUGAAGAUGUUGCCGACCGUUUAAACCUACCAGACGAUGUACGACCUGUUCGAAACAGACGACCGCCAGCGGCUUUACGGGAUUUUUAUGUGGAAGCUAACAUCGAAGAGAAUCUCGGACAAGCGGGUUUCGAUGAAUUCGUUCGAGACGUUUACGAAAUGGUAGACAAAGUAAAUGCAGAACUUAAAAGAAGAUUUGACGAGAAGAACAUUGUUAUGAUGCAAGGUGUUACUUCAUUGUGCCCAAGUUCUUCCAGCUUCCUAGAUGAAGAUUCGCUUGUGGCUUUUGCAAAGUUAUUUAAUGUCAAUACCGAUUGCCUACGCUGCGAAAUAGCAACCUUUCAUCACUUGCUUAAACGAAAGGACAAGGAAGAUCACCCAAAAGGACUUCUUCAGAUGCUAUCUUACCUGGAGACGUUAAAGGAAGCAUUCUCUGAGCUGCAUCGCAUUGUUCUGAUUGCCUGUACUUUACCUGUUUCAUCAGCUGAAUGUGAAAGAAAUUUUAGUUCAAUGAAGCUGAUAAAGAAUGAACUCCGUUCAGUAAUGAAACAGGAGCGUCUGGAUAGCCUUAUGAUGUUGGGAAUUCACCGCGAGCGAGGAGAAAAACUGGACUUAGAUAACGUAGUAGAUAGGUUCAAAGCCAGAUUUCCCAAAUGCAGAAUUUCUCUUUGA